AUGACAAAAGAAUUUGUCAUUAAAGUGUUCGGCAGCAGCGGAGUCGGCAAGACGACACUCAUCGAAUCGCUGAAGACCGGAUGGAUGGGCAGCCUCUUCCGACGCCGCGGCAGCCUCAUGGGAAGCCAGCGUGGCCAGAAGGGGGCGCCGCUGAACGCAAACAACAACGCGAACACGGAGCAGAUGAUGGCACGGAGCUGCGGCGGGGGCGGGGGCGGCGGGGGUGGCAGUCCGAAACAGAAGACAGUUGAGGAUGUGUCAGCGAAUGGCUCCUACACGCGAGGAGUGUCUAUCGAGCUGGCGAGUGUUCCCGGGGUGGGAGAGCUCAGCGUGUGGGAGUUCAGCGGCGUCGACACCUACCACCUCCUCUACGACCACUUCAUCGGCAACGUCAGCUGCGUGCACGUCGUCGUCUACCGCCUCGACGACCCCGACGAACUCCAACUACGCCAGCUCACCUACUGGCUGGAGUUCCUCCGCGCGCGGCUCCCGCACGAACACCCGAUCGGACACUGCGGAUACGCGGCGGAUCUCGCGAUCGCCGACGAGACGUACGUCGUCGACGCGUACGUGCCGAGCGGCGCCGGCGUGAGGGCGCUGCGAUCGCACCUCGGCGACGAGAAACGGCUCGUCGCCGCCGCGCUGCCGCCGCGGACGGGAUUCCUCGACGCGGUGUCGGCGCGGCUCCCCGCGUGGCGGCGCUGCGCGCGCGCGUUCCCCGCGCUCUCCUGGGCGCAGUUCAAGGACACGGUGCGACAGCAGGUGAACCCGCUCGCCGGCGACGAGCACCUGAGGGAGUUGACGCAGCAGCUGCAGCUCGCUGGCGACGCGCUCUACUUGAAGGGCGGGUCCCAGUCGAUGCAGGACGUGGUGGUGAUUGCGCCGCGGUGGCUGUGCGGGGACGUCGUCGGGUUCCUGCUCGCUCACGAUCACAUCGCGGCGACGCACGGCACCGGCUGCUACACUGUCGACAACCUGCAGCUGCUGUUCCCGGAGGCUGACGCACUAGAUCUGCUGCAGGUUCUCGAAGCUCUGCAGAUGUGCACGCAGUGCGACGACGAUGGAGAGAUCGUUUACGAGUUCCCCUGCCUCAACUUCACCGAGACGCUGCCGGGGCUGUGGGAGCGCGAGGGCGCGUACGAGGGCGGCAGCGCGGUGUACGGCGGUUACCGCCUGCGCCCGGUCGGAUGCGACCAGCUUCUCAACAGCGUGUUCGCGCGAAUACAGGUUCAGCUGAGGCGCUCUCUGCUGGAGAACCAUGACCCUGACAACGACCUCUACCAGUGGCACGGCGGCUCGAAGCUGUGCAGCGGCGUACUCGAGUCGCUCAUCACCCUAGAGGGCGCCGGCGAGGUCGAGGUGAAGGCGCGCGGGCCUGUCGACGCGCAGCUCUCUUGUUUCUACUUUCUCGACGACGUCGUGAGCGUCGUCGAGGCGGCCAUCGUCGAGGUGUGUCCGGGCCUCGCGCUGCAGCGACUCGUGCUGAGCGCAGCCGACCUGGCAGAGUGCCAGGGCGCGUCCGUCGACCUGGCAGAGUGCCAGGGCGCGUCCGUCGACCUGGCAGAGUGCCAGGGCGCGUUCGUCGACCUGGCCGAUUGCCACGGCUCGGUCGAUCUGGCGGAGUGCCAAGAUUCGAGAGACCUGGCAGAGUGCCAGAGGUCGGUCGAUUUGCCAGAGAGCCAAGAUUCGGGCGAGCUGGCGCGGUGCCAAGAAUCCGACGACCCGUGUCUGGAAUCGGUCGAUUUGGGAGACCGAGAAUCGAACGAGGACCAGGAUUGCGACGAUGGCGACACCGGCGCGGACGUGGAGACGUACACGGCGGCAGACGUGCUGCGCAGCCAGCUCCGCCGCGGGUUCGUCGUCGCGAACGCCGCCGGCAGCGAGGAGCAUCUCGUCGACCUCCUCUGCUUCGGCGCGGCGGACGCCCUCCACGCGCUCACGCUCGGCGUCGACCUCCCCGCGGCGUGCCUCGACCCCGCGACCCGCCGCCGCCUCGCCUCCGUCCUCGACCCGGCCGAUCCCUGGGGCAAGGACUGGUGUUUGCUCGCGGUCGCGCUCGGGCUGAACGAUCUUCUGCCGUCGAUCGACGCCGGGGUCGGCGAGGGCGAGUCGCGGACGGCGGCGGCGAUCACCGAGUGGGCGAGGAGAGAGGGCGCCACCGUCGGCGCGCUCGUCGAGAAGCUGCAGGAGCUGGGGCGGGCGGACGCGGCGGAGGCGGUCCUCGAGGCGGCGCCGCUGUACCGCGUCGCCGCCGAGGACGGUGGCGCCGCCGAGCGGCAGGCGGCGGAGGCGAGGAUACGAUCGCUGUCGUCGGACCUCUCGCGGUUGUCGCGGUAA